GGCAAGGUACGAAUCGAACUCUACCGUAGAUUACACCAUGUCCGAUGCAGCAGCAGAGAUAAAGGAUGACAGCCCUGUAAUUGCCACCGAGCAACAGAAAAAGAAGAAGGAAAAGAAGAAGCCAAGGAAGAGAGGCUCGAAAAAGAACUUGCCCAAAACCAAAGUAGUUGUUAGACGGCUACCACCCAACAUUCCUGAAGAGAUUUUCAACAAAUCCGUGCAACAAUGGAUAAGCGAAACGACGGUUGAUUGGCAAUUAUUUGUGCCUGGCAAGCUUAGUUCUAGCAAAGCAAAGCAGAAUGUCUUUUCUCGUGCUUAUUUUCACUUUCUAACUAUGGAGGCUGUAUUGAAUUUCCAUCAAGGAUUUGAUGGGCAUUUAUUUAUUGAUGGAAAAGGAAACGAAUAUCGCGCAGUAGUCGAAUUUGCACCUUUUCAAAAGAUACCAAAAGAACACAAACCAGCCGAUCCACGACAAGGAACCAUAGAGUCAGAUGCCGAUUACCAAGCAUUUGUUGAAUCGCUGUCUGUUGUUGAUGCGCCAUUACCGAAUGUUAACGAAAGCAAAGACGGGCUAUCUAACGUGGAGAGACUUGAAAACAGGAUAUCUUUGAUGACAGCUCAAAACCAACUGGCGGAGCAAGCUAAUAAACCAAAGACGACACCAUUAUUAGAGCAUCUUCGUGCCCAGAAGGCUGCGCAAGCUGCGGCUAAAUCCAAAGCACAAGCUUCUAAAGCUGCUGCCAAGCAAGCCAAACUUCAAGCUGCAGGAGAAGGUAAAUCAAGUAAAAAGACACCUGAAGAAGCAGCGAAGAAAGCUAGCAAACGUGAAAAGGAACGUCGUAAGAAGGAGGAGAAAAAGGCAGCUGCCGCUACUGCAGCAGCAAAUGGACAGCCAAGUACACCAAAAUCAGCGACUCCUACCAAGGGCGACAAUGAAAAACCAUCCAAAAAGGAAUCUAAAGCUAAAAUUAAUCAGCAAGGUGUGCAGCAAAUUGUGAAGAUCCUUGGUAGACAACCUGAUAAAGAUGCAAAACCGCGAGAGACAGCGAAGCCAGCACCUCAAAGUCCAGCUGCUCAACCUACAAAGCCUACCAAUGCCACCGGCGAAAAUGAUAAUGCCGAAGCUGGAACUGGCGGAGAGCUGACUCGGAAACAGAAGGAACGACAGAGACAGCAGCGCCGCGAACAAGAACGUAAACAACGACUAGAAGCUGAAGGCGAGGCAUCACAACAGCCGGCAAAAGAUCCAUCUCAGCCAAACCCGGCCGGCCGUGGUGGUGGUAGAGGAAGUCGUGGCCGUGGAUACCUUGGAAACCGAGGAGGAAUGCGAGGUGGAGGUAGAGGCAAUUAAAAACACGCACAAAUCCAAUCCAACGAUUUCCGACGAUAUCGUACUAAUUUGCCUCCUAAACACAACUCGCAUACGAAAAUGCCUCAAGCUGACGAAGAUACAAAGGAAUGCUGUAACAGGAAAGCAACUGAAACACACUUUAAUUACUGUU